UCCUUUUCGUGGUUUCAGCAUGUGGCGAUUUUGACAUGGCUGACAAGCACCCAAUAUUCCAUUUCCGUAAAGUGUUUCCCUCAGUUAGGAGUAGAAUUAGCUUUUCUUUGCUCACCAGCAGCCUUGAGACUUGAUUCAUCUCUUUGUAACUUUCUUAGGUGUGGUGGAAAUAGAUAGCGCCAUGACUAGCACCGGUGUUCACACGAUUCUGGGGCAAAGUGGCCUGAAACGGUUUGCUGAGCUCGACCAGAAUAACAAAGUGCAGGUGAUGUAUGUCUGGAUCGAUGGCUCAGGCGAGCACUGCCGAUGCAAGACGAAAACUGUCGACUUUGAGCCAACAGAGGCUUCCCAAUUGCCUGUUUGGAACUUCGAUGGAUCUUCAACUGGCCAGGCCGUGGGUAAAAACUCCGAUGUCUUCAUCAAGCCCGUUGCCCUUUUCCGUGACCCUUUGAGAGGGGGCAAAAACAAAUUGGUACUCUGCGAGGCGUUCAACUACGAAAUGAAGCCCGUCGCAACCAACAAGAGAGCGACUUGCAUGGCCGCCAUGGAAAAAUGCAAAGACCAGAAGCCUUGGUUCGGAAUUGAGCAGGAAUACACGCUAUUGGACUUGGAUGGAUACCCUCUCGGCUGGCCAAAGGGUGGAUUCCCCCAGCCUCAGGGCCCGUAUUACUGUGGAGUCGGCGGUGGACGCGUUGUUGGACGUGAGGUGGUGGAGGCUCACUAUCGUGCCUGCCUCUACGCUGGGAUCAAAAUCGCAGGUACCAAUGCAGAGGUCAUGCCAGCACAGUGGGAAUUCCAAAUCGGACCAUGUGAGGGUAUUGAAGAAGGUGAUCACCUGUGGAUGGCCCGCUUCCUUCUGGCACGGAUUUGCGAAGAAGCAGGAAUCAUUGCGUCUCUCGACCCCAAGCCAAUCCCAGGGGACUGGAACGGAGCAGGAGCUCACUGUAACUUCUCCACGGAGUGCAUGCGACAGGAGAACGGCCUGCCAGCAAUCGAGGAAGCCGUCGACAAGCUGUCCAAGAGGCACGAUUACCAUAUCCGCAUGUACGAUCCCAACGAAGGCAGGGAUAACGAACGUCGCCUAACUGGCGCGCAUGAGACGUCCGACAUCCACACCUUUUCAGCUGGCGUUGCUAACCGUGGUUGUAGUAUUCGCAUCCCUCGCCAGUGCUCUGCCGACAAGAAGGGUUACCUGGAGGACCGUCGACCCAGCAGCAACUGCGAUCCAUACAGCGUAACAGAGGCGAUGAUCACCACCUGUUGUUUUUAGUCUGGUCUAUAGUCCGUGUGUCUUGUGCUUUAGUUUGCAUUGUAUUGUCGUCCGGCUUUUUUCCAUCUAGUAACCUUUAGGUACAUAUUUGAACAUGCAUCGGCCAUGUGACUUCUUUCAUUUUUCUUCUGUGUGAUUGUGUGUAUGCGUGUCGUUUUUGUGUGUACAUGUUUUACCAUUGUGUUUGUGUGUGUAUGUGCGUGCGUGUGUGUAUGCGCUUUUGUGUGCAUAUGGGGAUGGUCUAGCAAACAUCUAAUCGUGUUCACCUUUCCCUCUCUUUUCGUAUUGCAUUGCAAUGUUUGCCUUUCUAAGUUGGAUGUGAUCUUUCCUCCAUGGCAUCGUCUCUUUUUCUAUCUUGGAUUUCAACCUUGUGUGACUGA